AAGGAGCAGUAACCCAUCAGUAGCUCAGUAUGAAAGUCUGUUACAUUUUGAUCUGCUUCUUCCUCCUCAUUGAAGGGGAAGUCCGCCUUAUAAAUGAAGGACAUGGUUCAUGCUCUGGCAGGGUGGAGAUCUUCCACAGAGGGCAGUGGGGGACAGUGUGUGAUGAUUCAUGGGGCCUGGAGGAUGCUCGGGUGGUAUGUAGGCAGCUGGGCUGUGGUAGGGUCCUCUCAACACCAACUAAUGCACAAUUUGGACAGGGCACAGGACCCAUCUGGAUGGAUGAUGUCUCAUGCACAGGCAGGGAAUCCAAGCUUUCUGAGUGCCGCCACUCAGGAUUUGGAUCUCACAACUGCGGCCACGAUGAAGACGCUGGUGUCAUCUGUCAAGCAGUUGAAGGGGAGGUCCGCUUGGUUAAUGGAGGACAUGGCUCCUGCUCUGGCAGGGUGGAGAUCCUCCACAGUGGGCAGUGGGGGACAGUGUGUGAUGAUUCUUGGGAUAUGGAGGAUGCUCUGGUGGUAUGUAGGCAGCUGGGCUGUGGUGGGGUCCUCUCAGCACCAAGUAAUGCACGAUUUGGACAGGGCACAGGACCCAUCUUGAUGGACAAUGUGUCAUGCACAGGCCGGGAAUCCAAGCUUUCUGAGUGUCACCACUCAGGGUUUGGAUCUCACGACUGCGGCCACAGUGAAGACGCUGGUGUCAUCUGUGAAGAUGUGAACACAGCAGAUCCUGGAUUUCCUUAUUCCACACCUUCUUCAACACCACAGACCUCUCCAGCCUUUCAGGUGGAUGUUACAGGUACAACAGCAGUGGACAACAGCACAGAAGUGGAAGGGGAGGUCCGCUUGGUUAAUGAAGGAAAUGGCUCAUGCUUUGGCAGGGUGGAGAUCUUCCACAGAGGGCAGUGGGGGACAGUGUGUGAUGAUUCAUGGGGCCUGGAGGAUGCUCGGGUGGUAUGUAGGCAGCUGGGCUGUGGUAGGGUCCUCUCCGCACCAACUAAUGCACAAUUUGGUCAGAGCACAGGACCCAUCUGGAUGGAUGAGGUUGCAUGCACAGGCCGGGAAUCCAAGCUUUCUGAGUGCCGCCACUCAGGAUUUGGAUCUCACAACUGUGGCCACGAUGAAGACGCUGGUGUCAUCUGUCAAGCAGUUGAAGGGGAGGUCCGCUUGGUUAAUGGAGGACAUGGCUCCUGCUCUGGCAGGGUGGAGAUCCUCCACAGUGGGCAGUGGGGGACAGUGUGUGAUGAUUCUUGGGAUAUAGAGGAUGCUCUGGUGGUAUGUAGGCAGCUGGGCUGUGGUGGGGUCCUCUCAGCACCAAGUAAUGCACGAUUUGGACAGGGCACAGGACCCAUCUUGAUGGACGAUGUGUCAUGCACAGGCAGGGAAUCCAAGCUUUCUGAGUGUCGCCACUCAGGAUUUGGAUCUCACAACUGUGGCCACAGUGAAGAUGCUGGUGUCAUCUGUCAAGAUGUGAACACAGCAGAUCCUGGAUUUCCUUAUUCCACACCUUCUUCAACACCACAGACCUCUCCAGCCUUUCAGGUGGAUGUUACAGGUACAACAGCAGUGGACAGCAGCACAGCAGUGGAAGGGGAGGUCCGCUUGGUUAAUGGAGGACAUGGCUCCUGCUCUGGCAGGGUGGAGAUCCUCCACAGUGGGCAGUGGGGGACAGUGUGUGAUGAUUCUUGGGAUCUGGAGGAUGCUCAGGUGGUAUGUAGGCAGCUGGGCUGUGGUGGGGUCCUCUCCGCACCAACUAAUGCACACUUUGGACAGGGCACAGGACCCAUCUUGAUGGACAAUGUGUCAUGCACAGGCAGGGAAUCCAAGCUUUCUGAGUGUCACCACUCAGGGUUUGGAUCUCACGACUGCGGCCACAGUGAAGACGCUGGUGUCAUCUGUGAAGAUGUGAACACAGCAGAUCCUGGAUUUCCUUAUUCCACACCUUCUUCAACACCACAGACCUCUCCAGCCUUUCAGGUGGAUGUUACAGGUACAACAGCAGUGGACAACAGCACAGAAGUGGAAGGGGAGGUCCGCUUGGUUAAUGAAGGAAAUGGCUCAUGCUUUGGCAGGGUGGAGAUCUUCCACAGAGGGCAGUGGGGGACAGUGUGUGAUGAUUCAUGGGGCCUGGAGGAUGCUCGGGUGGUAUGUAGGCAGCUGGGCUGUGGUGGGGUCCUCUCAGCACCAAGUAAUGCACACUUUGGACAGGGCACAGGACCCAUCUUGAUGGACGAUGUGUCAUGCACAGGCAGGGAAUCCAAGCUUUCUGAGUGUCGCCACUCAGGAUUUGGAUCUCACAACUGUGGCCACAGUGAAGAUGCUGGUGUCAUCUGUCAAGAUGUGAACACAGCAGAUCCUGGAUUUCCUUAUUCCACACCUUCUUCAACACCACAGACCUCUCCAGCCUUUCAGGUGGAUGUUACAGGUACAACAGCAGUGGACAGCAGCACAGCAGUGGAAGGGGAGGUCCGCUUGGUUAAUGGAGGACAUGGCUCCUGCUCUGGCAGGGUGGAGAUCCUCCACAGUGGGCAGUGGGGGACAGUGUGUGAUGAUUCUUGGGAUCUGGAGGAUGCUCAGGUGGUAUGUAGGCAGCUGGGCUGUGGUGGGGUCCUCUCCGCACCAACUAAUACACAAUUUGGACAGGGCACAGGACCCAUCUGGAUGGAUAAUAUUGCAUGCACAGGCAGGGAAUCCAAGCUCUCUGAGUGCCGCCACUCAGGGUUUGGAUCUCACGACUGCAGCCACAAAGAAGACGCCGGUGUCAUCUGUGAAGUCUCUCUUCCAGGUUUCUCUCCAUUUGUGGUUAUUGUAACUGUGGUACUGGUCGUUCUGCUGCUCCCUGUUGUUCUGUUGCUUAUCUACAGAAUGAGGGCAAUGGGGUACUUUGGUUUGAACAGGAAGAGAAACUCAACCCGCAGCCAAACUGAGAUUCCUCUCUCUGAAAAAUAUUCUACAGUCUACACGUGUGAAGACUCUACCUAUGAGAGCCUUGGUUCAGCCAGCAGGGACCAAGACCAAACCUAUUCUACUCUCACAUACAAAAUAUAACACAUUUUCUUACAUAAUUUAAGAUUUAUAGAAAUGUGUUUGUCAGUUUCAUGUCUUAUUGAGUACCAUGGUCAAUUUUUCUGUAAGAAGUCGCACUCUCACUUACAAGGCCUAUCCUACAGUCUCCACAUGUGAAGUCUCGACCUACCUAUUUCUGUCUCUCUUCCACAGCAUGUCUUUCAUCCUGUUUUCCUUCUUCACCCCAACCGGUCGCAGCAG